CCCGACGCUUCAGGUGAAUGAGAGGGAAGCAGAGAUACGGUUCACUGUGCGUCGCAUUAAAAAGGAACAAUUAGAGGAAAAUGAGUUGUGUUACGUCGCUUGGGGCGCAUGCUUUUAUGACAACAUAUCUACUCUUCGUGAUGGGAUGCGUUGCACAGAAAGUAUACUUUGACUGUGGUGCCAGGGUGGAUGUCGUGGACGUCCAAGGCCUCAUCCUGUCCCCCGGCUUCCCCUACAACUACUCCUCUGGGACUCACUGCGUCUGGCAGUUCUUCGUGCCGGUUGAUUACCAGCUCAUCCUGGAGAUUUUUGACUUUGACGUGUUCGAAAGCCACGACCCCGUCGCUCAGUACUCUGCUAUCUCUAGUUUCGAAGAGGAAGAGGCGGACGACGAGGGGACCUUCCCUCCCGGUGGCAGCUUAGCGGCAGAUGAACCUUCAUUAAUGGCUAAAGUUCCCAUGAUGCAGAGUUUCGGGGGCGUUGUAAAGACUCAGCAGUCGUCCCAAGAUGGCGAUGUCAAGCAGGUGGUGGUCCAGGAACAGUCCACAAAGAUGGAGAUUGCCAAAGUUUCAAACUCUGCUAAAAGAUCUGCAGAAGCCUCCUCUGUGCCAACUCCACCAAGAGACAAGGCGGUCAACUCUGCCUCCUCCUCUAACCUCAGGGGAGACCUCCACCCCAGUUCAGCCCCAAGCACAGCUGUGGAGGACACCACCCUCUCGCCACACUCCACUGAAACCCCGCCCACGAGUCCGGAAACCCAGCACUCGAUUCUGGACGCCUGCCCCCACGACGUCCUCUACAUCUCCGACCUCAUCACCUUCUCCUCCAGGUUCUGCGGGUCCAACCGGCCCCCCAGCAGCCAGCUGGUGUUCGGCUCCAGCGAGGAGAUGGUGGAGGUCAUCAUGGAGCUCAUCACCACCACGCACUGGGGCCGGGGCUUCGCUCUCCUCUUCCACUACCACAAUCUGACAGAGCCGGGGGGGGACCGCCGAGCCUCCGCCCCCACAGCCGGCAAGGUAGACUCUCUGCUGGCUGCUGUGAGUGGAGCGGCCUUCUUCGCAAUGAUACUUACAAGUGCCCUCUGCGUCGCUUUCAGACCCAAACUGUGUCCGAAGAGAGCCAGCCCCUGUGCAUCAUCCAGCGACUCUGAGGUGCCGGAGGGGGUCCCGAACACGGCGACGGAGGUGAGCGAGUUGCAGCUGAUGGCCGAGAACCAGACCAACCUGGAAGCGAGCGCAGAGCAGGACAACAACAACGACAGCCCGCCACACACAGUCAGUGCUGGCGGGGACGUUUCCCAGUGUGCGGAGGUGGACCUCUCCUGCAGCGGUCUGACUGAAUUGGACCUCGGGGCGGACGAAGUUUUCAUUGUAUCUUCAGCUCCAAGCCCGAGCAGACUUCCCUUCUCACCUCACACGCAGCGGGAGAGGUUUCUGCGGCACAGUGACACCGGCCCGGGCCCUGCAGGGGACUGGCCCUCCCCGGACUCCACCACCUCACCCACCGGCUCCAGGUCCAGCAAGGAGGGCGGCGCCAGGCCGAGAGCGUGGAGCGUCCGCACCUUCCAGGACUUCCUGCCUCCUCUGCCGCAGCUGCACAAGAAGUGGUGCAGCUGGAACUCCAACAGCCCCUUCACCAAGCUGGUGGACAGCACUCCACCCGGUUUGGCAGCGGACUGCAGGGGGGACCACGACAGGAGGAUCUUCUCUGAUGUUCACCUGGACUCUAAGGCGGACAACAGCACCGUCUCCGACUCCUCCAUCAGCAACGCCUCCUACCCGAUGGCGCAGCCCGCCCAGAGGCAGCGGCGCCUCAACUCCACCAGCAACCUGCGGCGCUCCCGCUUCACGGGGCCAUGCUUCGGCCUGCUCUCCGGGACGCCAGAACCAGCAAAGCCCUCCAGUUUAACUCCCCCUCCUCCACAGGGAUCCUCGUCUGAACCCAGCUCUGUCUCCUCCACCCAGAGCCAGACGGAGAGCGGGAAGAGGCACGAGUUCCCAGGCGAGGCCGACCACAUCAGCGUUCAGGUGUUCGCCAUCUCCGAGGAGGAGGACCGGCAGCCUCUGGUCUCAGCCGAGCACCUGAACCAGACCUCUGCCUCCGUCGUGCUGAAUGGGGUGGUGAAGGGGACUUACGAGGGGAAGGGGCCCGCCAGCUUCAGCCCUCAGAGGGCCAGACCAGAGUGGAGGCCGUGGGGGAGCCAGGCGUCAGGAGGGGUCGGUCCAUUUCCGUCCAACUCGGUCAUUGACAGCCCGCUGUCCUUCUCUCCGUCCACAGUGCCGUGCAGUGUGAACCACCAGAUGUGAUGAAUUAAAGAGCAGGGACUCUGCACAUAUGAACUCUGUUAGUCCAACAUAUAACCUACUUCUUUAUACUUCUGAAAAAUUACAAAAUGAUUACCACAUAUACUGGCAAAUAUAGUCCUCUCACGCUUUCUAUUUUUAUAAGUUGUACAAAGAUGAAAUAUUAUGCUGCUUACCGUAGCCUACCAAGGCGAUGACUGCUGUGGUAUUACUGUAGGUACGGAGGCCAACAGGUGCAAACGAGCUACAACGACCCAAAAUAUUAACAUUGAGGCACUGCAGCUUCAGAAACAAUGCAAACAUUAAAACACCAAUGUGCCAAAACACGUGCAAAUGAAGAGACACCUUUUGCUAAAAGCACUGCAAAUACAAAACGCUGCAAGAAGCUCAAAGCACUACAGAAACGGGGACACUAAAAAGUGUUGCACACAGCUGGAGCGCUUGUUGACGUUCAGGGAUUAUAAAAUUGGCCGACUGUCAGUGUCGGCAUGGUAAAUGUUUCCUAAUUCUACGUGUUUUGUCAGUGUAGUUUAAGUUAGCUACGUUAGCAAGCGAGCUAACAGCAGAUCUGACAAAACGUUCACUUUAAUGAAAUAUACUUUAUAAUCCCUGAGCAUCCACAAGCGCUCCGCUCCCAGCUGUGUGCGUCGCUUUUUAGUGUCCCCAUUGCCGUUGUGUUUGAGCUUCUUGCAGUGUUUUUUAUUUGUAGUCCUUUUAGUAAACACUGCGCAGCAUAUUUAGUCAAGUUGGGGAAGAUGCUCCUUCAUUUACAUGUGUUUUAGCACAUUAGUGUUUUAUAUUUGCAUCGUUUUUGAAACUACAGCUGGAUUAUGUCACUGCAAAUGUUUGAGUUCAUUGUAACGCGUUGGCACCCGUCGGCCCCCGUAAUUAUGUGUUUUAAAAAAAGAUGCAAUCAUGAACAAAAAAGUAAUUCCUGAGGGAGUUUAUGCCCUGAUUCAAUAACCGGUUUGAUAUUAUUCAGUGAGUUAUCAAACUCCAAACAUUGCACUUUGAAUUCAGUUGCUCAUUCAUUGUGAGCUUGUUUUUGAAUUUGGAUCUUUAAGUGGUUAUCAUUUUUAGCUUAACUGUUACCCUGAAGUGUUCUGCAUACAUUAAUAUUACAGCAGUGUGUGCAUACUGUGUGUACUCUUAAGGCUUAUACUGGAUUAUAAAAGGGAAAUCAGAAUAUAAUAAGAGCAUCUAGAGUACUAAUAUUCCCUAUGAUGUAGUAUACAGAGAGAACUAGAGCACAAUAGUAUUUAAAAUGAGUUAUUAAUAAAUGUAAAGUUUUAAUAAAGGCUAUGUCAUUCAUAUGUUGUC